CGAAUUCCCAAAGCCUCUCUCUCUCUGUUUAUAAAAGCAAAACGUCCAAAACCCCAUUAGACUCCUCUCAUCCGAUCUACAGUCAGUCCAUAAAAAUACGCAUCUUCUCAUCUUUCUCUAGUAGAAUCUCACUCCCAUAACCAUGGCGUUGGAAAUUUGUGUGAAAGCAGCUGCUGGUGCUCCCGAUCUACUUGGUGAUUGUCCUUUCUGUCAAAGGGUUCUUCUUACUUUGGAAGAAAAGAAAGUUCCUUACCAGAUGCAUUUGAUUGACACUGCCAACAAACCCCAGUGGUUUUUGGAAGUUAAUCCAGAAGGGAAGGUACCAGUAGUCAAAUUUGAUGGUAAAUGGGUACCUGAUUCUGAUGUUAUCACUCAAACCCUUGAGACUAAAUACCCUGAACCAUCUCUGGUUACUCCUUCGGAAUACUCCUCAGUUGGGUCGAAGCUAUUUGGAUCUUUUGUUACCUUCUUGAAGAGUAAGGAUGCUAGUGACGGUUCAGAGCAGGCAUUGAUCACUGAAUUGUCUGCGUUGGAGGAGCACCUUAAAGCUCAUGGUCCUUAUGCUAAUGGAGAGAAAAUUUCUGCUGUUGAUUUGGGUUUGGCACCUAAAUUAUACCACCUUGAGGUUGCUCUUGGACAUUUCAAGAGCUGGAGUGUUCCGGAGAAUUUGACUCAUGUCAAAAACUACAUGAAGUUGCUUUUCUCUCGGGAGUCAUUUCUGAAGACCCAGCCGGCUGACAAGAAGUACCUCAUCGCAGGAUGGGCACCCAAGGUUAAUCCAUGAAAAAGAUUGUCAAGCCUGUAAGAGUAAUAUGAAUCUGAUAUUAUCUACUAUGUUAUCUGCCACUCUAGAAUCAGGAGAAUGAGUUAACUGGUCAUCAUCAUGUUUUAGUGAACUAUUUAUGUCCUGAAAAUGUAUUAGGGUGUUAUCUCAAACUCUGAAUAACUAGAAAAUAAAAUUAUCAUAUUUCUAUGGUGACA